AUGUCGAAUAAGAUUGUGCCCUCUAUCUACCGUGCUGUGAUAGACGAUGUCAUCCAAGCGAUUAAGCCCGAGUUCGACGAGUACGGCGUUGCUGAGGACGUCCUAGCUGAGCUACAACACAAAUGGGAGAGCAAGGUCAUCGCAUCCCAUGUUGCAGAAUUUGAGAACCCCGCUCAGCCUGUGUCCGCCCCAUCCGCGACCCACCCCGCCACCGUCGCGGCGGCACAAGCAGCCACCCACCAUCAUGCCUACCCGCCCCAUCCGAUCCACAUGCACCCCCACUACGCCGCAGCCGCGCAGCACAACCCCUACAUGACCGCCGCUGCAGCAGCCUCGAGCCAGCCGACAGUCAAGGCGGAGCCUGUCGACAACCGCUACAUCCUGAACAACACCGUGCCUUAUGCCAUCCCAUCUCUCCCCGGUCCGUCCUUGACUGCUGGCAGGCAGCUACCACCGCCCGCCCCGUUAGCGCAGCAUUUGGGUGGGCAGACAGGGGUGAUAUCUUUCGGCAGGAAUGGCCAGCCCCAGCCAGCGAUUGCAGCUCGUUCUUACUUGCCCGCGGCACAACCACAGCAACAGCAGCAACAGAGCCGUAUCCCCCAGGUCGAUGGCCCAUCUGAAUCUUCUGGGGAUGAGGACACGCCGUCGCCACCCCCUUCUGGGGUUUUUGCCCCGAGGAGUGCCCAUCCAUCGCUUCCUCAGCCACCGCAGCCGAAGCAGCCAGCCGUUAUCGACUCGGAGGCGAUUAACAGCGACCUGGAUGAUUCGGACAGCGACGUUGGGUCUGACGACGAGGAGGGCGGAGCUGGCGAAAGUGAUAUCGUGUUCUGCACAUAUGACAAGGUUGCCCGAGUAAAGAAUAAGUGGAAGUGCACUCUGAAGGAUGGGAUGAUCCACAUCAACGGCAAGGAUUACCUCUUUGCCAAAUGCACGGGGGAGUUUGAAUGGUAA